CCUGGAUAGACAUUCUCCUGCAUGUCUGGGUGUCUGCUCAAUGGGCCAACAGUAGCUGCUCCUCCACUAUCAGCACAGUACGACUUGACCAGGCAGUUAAAUAUCCAGCGCCUGAGGUAAGAAUGAGAUCGAGAUCCUCUGGACUGCUGUUCCUGGAGUGGGACAAGCCUGAAGACCGCAGGGGGUCCGACUAUGAAGUCAGAUAUAAGGAGACUGGACACCCUAGCAGCACCUGGUCAUGUAAAAACUUUACAACAGAAGAUGACAAACCAGAUUCCUUAAACAUGAGCGUGGCGAGGGAAGCUGCCUACAAGCUCCAGGCCCGACGCAGGGCUAAGGAGGUCAGAUACGCAGAAUGGAGUGGUUGGAGCUCACCAAUCUACAUGCCUUUACAGCUCGACACGCCUCCUGUGGUCACAUGGAACGUCACACCGAACAAGAAGCAGAAUGCGCGUGUGCUCAAGGUGUCCUGGAAGCCCCCUCCUGUUGAGGCGAGUGUGGGAGGCCUGCACUAUAAUCUCUCCCUCUACAAUUGGCCUUGUGCAAAACACCCCCACACCCUCAGCACCAACAGUACAGAGUUCAAAAUCACCAUCACCUUAUCUGUGGUCCGGGUCAACAUCUACGCCAGCAACAACUUAGGAUCGUCUCCGAGCCAGAACAUCACUGUGCCUGCAGUCCAGCACCUGAGAACAGACUGUUCCAAGGAGAUGGAGGUGGAUAAGAUGAAGAAGAAAGAGUUGAAGAGGAUAUGUUGGGAGUGGUACAGACUGGAGGAUGGAAAUACACAACCUGAACCGGCAGAGGUGAAAAACGCUACGAAGAAAAAAGAGGCUCACAUCACAAAGAUUGCAGACAUGGAGGACUUUGUGCGCUACUACUACUUUGCUCACAUGCGAACUAAGAGUAAGAAGAGGCCUCACACCCGCUACAGCUGCCCUGUAUACAAGAAUGAGUCAACUCCGCUGGUGGCGCCCCAGAACCUGACGGUGGUGGACGUGACAUCCACGUCUGUGAAAGCGUGCUGGCAGCCCAUCCCUGUGCCACUGCAGAGGGGCUUCCUCACGCACUACCGCCUCUGCCUGUCAGGAGUUUGUGAGAAUGUUCCAGAAUCUAAGACCUGCAAAACAUUCCGAGAUCUCACGCCUGCCUUCGAGUACAACAUCACAGUUGCCGGGGAGACCAGUAUGGGCUCUGGGCCCAGACGUAUGGUUAAGAUCUGGACAAGCCUUGAGGACGGCACAGGACAGACGGGCACGCAGAGGGAAUGGAUCAUCAUCGGCUCUCUGCUGGGUCUGUCGGUCCUGGCGGCCUGCCCCUUCAUCCUCAUCAGACUCAGAAACAAGCUGCCAGCAGUCCCAAAGCCCGUCUUCCAACUCUCAGCAAAGUACUCCCUUAGCUCUCAGGAAGUACAGCCACCCAAGGAGGAAGUGUAUGUGGUCACCCUGGAGCACAUGCAGAAGACCCCCGAAGCUCUGCGCUUCACCCCAGAGGAGGGGCGCACGCUGCUGCAGGAGGAGCAGGUGGGGAGCGAGUGCGAGGAGGAGGCGAAAGAGGAAAAGCAGGAUGAUGUCAUGAGUGUGACAAAUGAGUGUGACGUGACUCUGAACCCCGACUACAAGCGGCAGACACUCGGGAUCCCCGAGGUCACGGAAACGAUGGAGAGAACAUUGGGAGAAAACGAGGGCGACGUCACAUCGCCCGUCUACAAGAACGGGCUGUUCUUCGACGUGAACCUACGAGUCAUGUGAGAACAACAAUAACUCUCUGUAGACCUUAGCAGACCACCCGGGCAUUCUAACCCUGCAGAACCUACUAGUCGUGUGAGAACAUGGGAACUCUCGGUACAAUAAACUCGUUCUAUGAGAUGUUCUAACCUGAUGAACCCUGGCCUGGAGAGUCAGAGAAGCACCGCUGUGGGGACUGAGAGCGUUAUCCCUCAAUGAUGUCAUCAGACUGAGGUGUUCACUGAAUGAGCUUCAUAGUGUCAAAGAAAGCACUCAUCAUGGGCCGGAAACUAUCAGGCGGGUCUGUGAGGCUACUGGUUAAGAAGUGUCAUCACCGACACAUCUUGAGGUUUCAUUGUGGUUGAUUUCACUGAACAUUUUGCAGUUUUGGUGCAGCAUUAGCCAUUAGCAAACAAACCCCCCCAGACAACCCAGGUUUAUUGUUAGAUUUACCUACAUGUUAUUGUCUUUAUUUUGAAUAAAAGAUAUUGUGACA